ACUAUCCUGGGCAAAAACUCUCUGAAAAAAUAAAAUACAACACUGUAAUAGUUUAACCCUUGGCACGACACUGUCAUCAACAAAAAAGCCGUGUGAAGUAAACAAAAAUAAUUCUUGACACAUUUACAUCUUUUAUACCUUUGGAUAAGUGGAAUCUUUGGCUCUGCGGGGUAGCAGAAGCAGGCAAAUACUGAUCGAAAUAUUGAGGCUCGUUUCGAAAAAUCAUCACAAUGCGGAAGACUUGGGUCAAGCGGGAGAAUAUCUACUAUAAACCAUUCUAUAAGCAAAAGUCAAAGAUGUUCUUAUUGGGAGUAUUUCUGUUAGGCAUCGUGUUUAUAAUUUAUCAGGCAUUUUCAAUAAAUCAGCUACCAAGUGCAAGUACACCAUGGAGCUUUGAAGGAACGAUGAACGGACUUCGACAAAAACAUAGGGAAAUGAUACGAUCUCUAGGACGCAAACAGAGUGAUGGCUAUGAUGGAGGAGGUGACGGCGACGGUGACGGUGAUCAAGAAACUGACAGCAAAGCUGUGGAAGAUGCCAUAAAAAUUAUACGUGGCAUACGGCUAUUCGACUACGAUUCGUAUAAACCCAACUUCGAUGGCAGGUUUCGGUGUUUGGAUGGUAGGGGCGAAUUGUUGUUUGAACGUGUCAACGAUAACUACUGUGACUGCAUUUCCGAUGGCAGUGAUGAGCCUAGUACUAAUGCUUGCAAAAAUGGUCGCUUUUAUUGCAAAUUCCAGAAACGACACAUUACGGGCCGCGGUGUCGAUAUAUACGUGCCGAGCAGUCGAGUGAAUGAUGGUAUAUGUGACUGCUGUGAUGGCAGCGACGAAUGGCUGACCAUUAAGUGUAAAAAUAGAUGUACAUAAUAGGUAUAAAACACUGCUAUAAGCAGCUGAAAUUUGGUUACUUUAAGUGUAGUCGAAGGACGAGGAAAAAACUCGAAAAAAAUGCAUACAACUCUAUGACAGGCUAGAUAUGGAUAGCCAGUUAGAUAAAUUAGGAUAGAAUUAAUACAAAAAAUUAUGGUUAUGUAUUUAAAAAAAAAGUACAUUUUGAAUCGAAUUUGUUUAAUGAUGCUGUGCAUCAAGAAAUCGCCUUAAAAGUCUAUAUUUUGCAUUUGUGAAUUAGCUUCUAUACUCAAAGAGGUUAUUAAUUUCAUACGGCAUUCCAAAGUUCUACAAACUGUUAGGCGAUUAAUCUCGAAAAUAUAACUAAAUUUUGUAAUUGUAAUCAAAUUGAUUGUAUAUUGACUUAAUUAUACGCAAUUUUUGUUAACACAGUGCAUACUACAGAGGAGCGGCAACGACUGGAUCUUAUUUAUACUAAUAAACAAUCUGUCUAAUUUUUUCCGAGCCAUUCGCGCCAAAAACAUAAAUGCAAUUAUUCUUACUUAUGGCAAAACAUUUUUAAGGGCACCCACCCAAAGUAAAUAUUUCAUUACUUCUUUAAAAUAUAUUUUUGGUUUCCAAUAUAAAUUCUUUAAACGGUGUGGUUAAUAAACAUUUUUGUUGUUGUAAUAACAUAAAACUUCACAUAUAUAUUUUUAGGAAAUGCUGGUGUAGUGACAGUCUCUGGCAAAAUACCUAUAUGUAAAUCUAGUUUUCUUCGGUAACGUAGAGCCGGCUGUCGCAGGACGGGAUAUGUUAUUGCAUUUUUCACUUCUGAGCUUAGCUCCUCUUGGUUAUUGAGCUUAAGUGCUGAAAUUUUUUAAAACUUAAUAUGUAUGUAUAUAGGGCGUUUUCCAAAACGUAUACAAUGUAAAAUAUCGUAUCAAUACCGUAUGUACCUACACAUGCAUCAGUAAAAUAUUGAUACUUUGUAAAGUAGUAGUAUUUUUGUUUUUCAAAAAUAACAAAUAAAUAAAAACAAUUAUGGUAAUAA